AUGGCGCGAGGUCGACUUCGAGUGUUCCUUGUGCUUGUAUUUGUACUCAUUCUCGCGUGUCUAUCAGCUCCUUCAGUUCAGAGACUAUACCAUCUUUUCCGACUACCGUUCAUAUGGCCCAACUCUUCGGCUCAAGCGAUCAUUUCUCAGCAACGCGAUCAUUUUGAUGUGACCUUUUCGUCAUUCCCGGCCAAUUACUCCACGAAAGAUGCGGGCUUGCGGCCGUUGGUUCCAGCGAGAUUGCACCAUAUUCACCUCGGACCAAGUGCUCCGCAUACAGAAUGGCUCGCAGCCAGGGCUGAUUGUCUCAGGCACCAUGAUUCAUGGGAAGCUUUCUUCUGGAACGACAGCAAUGCGCCGCAAUUUGUAGAGGAGAAUUACCCUCACCUCUAUGAUAUGUGGAAAAGCUAUCCGUUCAUGGUCCAACGUGUUGACGCUCUACGUUAUAUGGCGUUGGAGAAGUAUGGAGGCGCUGUUCUUGACUUUGACCUGGCCUGCAAACGUUCCCUUGAGCCUCUUCGUCAGUUCAACUUCGUCGCACCGGCUGCCCACCCCGCGGGCUUUUCAAUUGGCAUGAUGCUUGCCUCACCCAAUCACCCCUUCGUCAAAUCCCUGGUCGACAGUUUACCUACGUUCAAUCAUGUGUGGCCGCUUCUGUCAUAUGUGACAAUCAUGUUCAGCACUGGCUGCCACUAUGCCUCAACUGUGUACACCCUACAAGAAAAUCGAUCGGAUUUUCGUAUUCUCUCUGGGACUCAGGGUAACCCAAAAAUGCAUAUGCUGAACGGAUUUGUCGAUACCCCCCUCUUCCGCCAUCUUGGCUCCUCCUCGUGGCACACCAAAGACGCCCGUCUGAUUCUCUUGCUCAAGGAUAUCGAGCCGAAGAUUAUCUUACUUGCGUCUGUAAUUGUCACUGGAGUCUUGGUCUCAUUGUUGUGGUGCUGGCGUGUGGCGCGACAUCGUUUGUCGUCACGACGAGACGCCGAAUCCAACUUACGAAGCCCUUCCCUCAGGCCUUCGCAUAAGUACAUGUAG